AUGACCCUCAAUCACCAUACUGGUUCGGGCUACCUGAAAGAUGGGACAUUUUUGGGUCAUGUGAUGCCCGGGACUUCCCUGUUGAUCAUGGGUCUCUGUCACUACUGCUGCUUGAUACGCGAAUACUACAGAUGCCUGGAAGUCCAUAGGCUGGCCCGACAAGUCGCUGUCCUGCAGCCCGACCGAAAUACGGCGAAAAAGACCAGACAAGCAGACUCACGUCGCCAGUUAACGCCUCAUGAGGAGUCUGUUGAAGAGAUGGAGACGACUGAAUCGGCUUUGCUUUUGGACCAGCGGGCAUCCGAGUCGGGAUUUGUCUUUGAAAAUAGAUUAAUCUACGGUUUUCGGCUUAAGUCACGCCGACUAUUUGGCAGAAGCGUGAUCCCGUUGGAACCCUUGUUCAAAAUUAGUAUGAGUGCAUUAUUAUUCAAUACCGAAUUUUUUGGCGGUGUUAUACUUCGUUGGAAUAACAUCGCCUUUGGACACUUUCAGCAUAUGGCAGUUUAUGCUGCCAUAUUCAUCUCAGGACUGCUUGAAUUGGGCAUAUUUUAUCAUAAACUAAAGGUGCCGAAGUAA